UUGCCGGAAGUGAAUCCCGCUUGACAGAGGAAAGGCAUGCGGGUUUGUUUUGGAUUUCCAUGUGACACCGACUUCGUUUUUUUUUUUUGUUUUUUGUUUUUGUAAUAACAGAUAAAGCCUCUUUAACUUGAACACUGUCUGUCAGAGCUUCACAGCAGUCAUGGGCAAAAAAGGCAAGAAAGAGAAGAAGGUGAAGGGGGCGGAGAAGACAGCCGCCAAGAUGGAGAAAAAGGUUUCAAAGAGGUCCAAACGAGAGGAGGAGGAUUUAGAGGCUCUGAUUGCCGAGUUUCAGAGUCUUGAUGCAAAGAAGACUCAGGUCGUAGAGACAACAUGUCCACCUCCAUCACCACGAUUGAAUGCAUCUUUCUCUGCCCAUCCUGAGAAAGAUGAACUCAUCCUGUUUGGAGGAGAGUUCUUCAACGGAAAGAAGACGUACGUGUACAAUGAUCUGUUUUUCUACAACAUCAAGAAGAACUGCUGGGUUAAAUCAGAGAUCCCCAACCCUCCCCCGCCACGCUGCUCUCACCAGGCAGUGGUGGUUCCCCAGGGUGGGGGUCAGCUCUGGGUCUUUGGGGGAGAGUUUGCCUCUCCAAAUGGGGAACAGUUCUACCACUACAAGGACCUCUGGGUGCUGCACCUGGCUACACACACCUGGGAGAACAUCAAGGCUCCUGGCGGUCCAUCAGGUCGCAGUGGCCACCGCAUGGUCCUCAGCAAGAAACAGCUGCUGGUGUUUGGAGGUUUUCAUGAGAGCACCAGGGAUUUCAUCUACUACAACGACGUCUACUCUUUCUCCCUGGAAACCUUCUCCUGGUCACGCCUCACCCCGUCAGGCACCGCCCCCUCACCGCGCUCCGCCUGUCAGAUGUCCGCCACGCCCGACGGCACAGGUGUCAUCAUCUAUGGAGGAUACUCUAAAGUGAGAGUGAAGAAGGAUGUGGAGAAGGGGACCAUCCAUUCCGACAUGUUUAUCCUGAAGCGAGAGGGUAAAGUUGACCAAGAGAAGUGGUCGUGGUCCAGGUUGAGCCCCUCCGGUAACAAGCCCCCUCCUCGCUCCGGUUUCUCUCUGGCGGCGGGCCCAGCCGGCCGUGCGGUGCUGUUCGGUGGGGUUUGCGAUGAGGAGGAGGAAGAGUCACUGGAGGGCGACUUCUACAAUGACCUCUAUCUGUAUGAUACGGUGAAGAACCGCUGGUUCCCCGGCCUGCUCAGGGGAAACAAGUCAGAGAAGAAGAAACGCCGGAGGGGGAAGAAGAAUGGAGCUGAAGGGGAGGCAGCAGAGAAGGAGGGGGCGGAAGAGGAGGCGGCAUCACAAGCGCCCACUGAGGUCAUCAAAGAGAUCGUCACAGAGGACGGCACAGUGAUGACCAUCAAGGAAGUGAUCCCUGGAGCUCAGGAGGAAGAGGAGGAGGAGGAAGAAGAGGAAGACGAGGAGGACGAUGCCUCGGCCCCCCUGGUGGAGCCCUGCCAGAGGUCCAGCGCCAUGACAACCACGCGUCAGGGCAAGCUCUUCCUGUACGGGGGAAUGUUUGAGGUCGGCGACCGCCAGUUCACCCUGAAUGACUUCUACUGCCUGGAUCUCCACAAGAUGGACCAGUGGGAGGUUCUGGUCGAAAUGGACCCAAAGACACAGGAGUGGCUGGAAGAGUCUGAGUCAGAGGAAGACGAUGAGGAAGAGGAGGCAAAAGGAGCAGAGGGGGAGGAAGAGGAGGAUGAGUCUGAAGAGGAGAGCGAGGAUGAGGACGAUGAAGAAGAGCACCCUGUGGUGCAAGAGGGAGAGACAGUGACGGAUUAUCAGGCCCGCACAGAGCAGUACUGGAUAGGACUGGCACGUGCCAACAUGGGCCCCGAUGCCAAGGACAAAAAGGUUGCCAAGGUCGCCCUCGCAAUGGCUAAAAUCUUCUAUGAAGACCAGUAGUGGGAUAUGCCAGCCUGUCUGAGUGACUGUGAGUGCUGAUCGCGCGCGUGUGUGUGUAAAAUAUUUUGUUGUAAUUACCUUUUUAUGAAACAUCUCAUUUGAACUGUACUGCAAAUAAUUAAAUACUACAAGAUAUAUUUCGUUUUAAUACAGAAAACAAAAAAAAACACUUGUGAGCAGAUGAAACUCAAUUGAAUGGACUGUUUUACAUUUGUUGAUAUACCAGUACAUGUAACGGUUUUCAUCCUUUUUCAAUCAAAUAAACCCAUCAUGUCACUAAAUAAUA